AUGCAUGCCUUCCGGGACGCGUUGCGUUGCACGUUUUUCCCGAGGUAUGCAAGCGAGCAGGCCAUGGAAAAACUGGGAAAAGUUGAGCAAGGGAAGCUGUCGAUAGAUUGUUACAUUGAAAAAUAUCGCUCCUUUGUGGACCGAAACCCUAUGGUGGAUUUGGAGUUACUCGAUAAUUGGUUUAGAGCAGGGCUGUCCUCCGGAGAGAGGCAAUCAGUAGCCGGGUGGGCUACGGGAAGGGAAAUGAGAGGUGAAAAAGUGGAAUUCGGUGGGAUGAUAGAGUACCUUCGCAGAAGAGAUAGAAAAAAUGCCACUUCCAUAGCCUUAGCAGAAAAGGAAAAGGGACCUGGGGACGAUCUUGAUUUGGAGCGACUGGAUAUUGGGGCUGAGGACAGCAGACCACCCAAAAGCGGGCUAGGAGCAGUAACCGACCGCAGACAGUGA